CUCUGGGGAACAGGCGAUUUGGUGGAGGCGGUUCUAGAAUCGAGCGCAAACAGGGCCAGACGAACCGGACCACCGGAACCACAAUCUCGAGACAGACCGACCUGCCGGAGCGCGAGAGUCGAGGCGGCGGCCGGCGGCCGGCGGGGUAGGACAGGCCGGCAAGAUGUCGUCGGUGUAUGUGCUUGAGCCGCCGACGAAAGGGAAGGUGGUGGUGCAGACAACGGCCGGUCCGAUCGACAUCGAGCUGUGGGCCAAGGAGGCCCCCAAGGCCACGCGCAACUUCGUUCAGCUAUGCCUGGAGGGCUACUACGACGGCACCCUCUUCCACCGGGUCAUCAAGUCCUUCCUCAUCCAGGGCGGCGACCCCACCGGCUCCGGCACCGGGGGUGAGAGCAUCUAUGGGGCACCGUUCGCUGACGAGUUCCAUUCACGUUUGAGGUUUAAUCACAGGGGUUUAUUGGCAUGUGCCAAUGCUGGCACACCUCAUUCGAACGGAAGCCAGUUCUUUAUUACCCUUGACCGCUGCGAUUGGCUUGAUAAGAAGAAUACAAUUUUUGGGAAGGUCACUGGGGAUUCUAUCUUCAAUCUUCUGGCCUUGGCUGAUAUCGAGACUGAUAAGGAUGAUCGGCCUGUAUACCCACAGAAAAUUCUUUCAGUUGAGGUACUCUGGAACCCAUUUGAUGAUAUAGUUCCACGACAACUUAAGAAGAUUCAGCCUGCUCCCAAGGCUGAUGCUGAGAGGAAACCAGAGAAGAAAGCUGUUAAGCAACUUAAUGUGCUCUCGUUUGGAGAUGAAGUAGAAGAAGAGGAGAAUGAGGCAGCUUCUUUUGUGAAGGACAAAAUAAAGAGUAUCCACGAUGUGCUCGAUGACCCCCGUUUUCUUAAAGUGGAACCACAGGUUGAACAACUGUCCAAGGAGGAAGAGGAGAAGAAAAAUGAAACUGUCCUAUCUAUCAGGGAGGCUUUAAUCUCGAAGAAAGCUGAAUCCAGAGAGCCAGAGCAUGAUCCAGAAAAUGAUGAUUCUCCUGAAGAUGAGAAUGAGGAGGAUUUUGACAACAGGAUGCGUUCACGGAUUCUAAAAAAGCGUAGAGAGCUUGGGGAUAUUCGGCAGAGUCAAUCUUCCAAGAAAGAUAAAACUCAUCAGAAGGAUAAAGAAUUACCAGCUCACAGGAGUGAUGACGACGACGACGACGAUGAUCAUCAAUCAUCAAAAUCACGGAAACUGUCUUUGAAGAAAAAAGGUAUUGGCUCUGAAGCCAAUACUGAAAGGAUGUCCAGAGGAGAUGUUAAUUUGCAACUGCUAAAUCCAGCUGAACAAGAGAAACAUUUGAAAAAACAGAGAAAACGCAGCCUCCAAGGCCGUGAAGAGGAGACUUUAGCAAAGUUACAGAAGUUCAAGGCUUCCUUGAUGAGUAAUAAGCCUGCUAAUAUGGAAACAAAGGCAGAAGACAGUGAGGACUACAAAGAGUGGCAUGCCAACCGUCUCACUUUCGCACCUGAAUCUUCGAAGGAUGGUAUGACUAGGAAGGAUGAUCCAAAUGACUAUGUAGUGGUUGACCCUCUUCUGGAGAAAGGAAAACAGAAGUUUAACAAGAUGCAAGCGAAGUUAAAGAAGAGAGAUCGUGAAUGGGCUGGCAGAUCUCUCACAUGACCCCUUUUGAGAGUUGCAUCGUGCAAAAAUGUAAACCAUCGUACCGUGCAAUGUGGCUGCUGCAGUUUUGGUGUUGAGUUGGAUUCGGAACCUGAGCAUAACAGAUUCAGGUUCGUAAUGGUAGAGUGACCACAUGUGGACUGUCUGUACCAAACUGUAAAUAGCAAUUGUAGAAUACUUUUUUUUAAUUGAGAAAAACAUUUUGAUAAUUUACCCUUUAA